AGUGCAGCUCCUCGUGGCUGUUCGAAAACUAUCAAGCAGACGAGUCUUUGAUAAGGCAUAAAUACGUUCCUGUUAAAAUGCACGGGCUUUUACAUUAACGCUGACACUUGAGCAGUGACUUUAACAGAACCAGUAGCGGAGAUAUGCAAAAAUUUUCGGUCGACUCGGUCAUACGUGGGCAUUUUGGAGAAAUGGUUGUGCGGCACUUGAUGCACGCCUGAAGCCAGGAGAAAAAUUUUAAUGUUAGUGUAAUAUGAGAUAAUUAAUUCAUUCGCUUUUCUCAAACUGUCGUGGCAAAACUUUGGGGCUAACUUUUGCUAGUGUUUACCGCUGCUGUUCUGCUUUAACAGCAAAUCAUUAACUCAUAAAUAUGGUUCAUAAGAAUAAGCUGUUCCUCGUGACACUACUGGCGCAGAUGGUGUAUUACAUCGUCCUUCGAGUGGAGGGCUUGAUUACCGUCGAGACAACGGAAGAUCUUUUGAGAAAAAACCAUUAUCCUUAUGAGGAUCAUCAAAUCGAAACCGAAGAUGGCUAUAUAUUGGGUAUUCAUCGCAUGUCGCAAAAUAACGGAGUGCCGAUUUUUCUUCAACAUGGCCUUUUGUUGAGUUCGGCUGACUGGUUAAAAAAUGGACCGAAUCGAUCUUUGGCUUAUCUGUUGUGGGAUGAGGGUUACGACGUUUGGAUCGGAAAUUUCAGAGGCAAUGCUUAUUCAAGAAAGCAUAAAACUUUGACACCAAAGGACAAAGAAUUCUGGAACUUCAGUUGGCACGAGUUGGGUUAUUACGACAUGCCAGCGGUGAUCCAUCAUAUCCGAAAAACGACCGGUAAGGAUAUUUUUUACGUCGGUUACUCGAUGGGUGGAGCUUCCUUCUCCAUCAUGGCCUCGCAACGGCCCGACGCGGCCAAACACGUCAGGGCGAUGAUUGGCCUGGCUCCGGCCAUUUACGAAUACCAUCUUACUCAGCCGCUCAUCAGGUUUCUCUCGGCCUUCUGGAGGGAGAUCAAGUUCGCGACCAAAGCCGUUGGCUUCUACGAAUUUGCGAACCAAGGCGGCGUGUACGAUACCAUAUUAAACGACUUGUGCAACGUCACCUUCGCGCGCGAACAUGUCUGUAACAAUAUAAUUUUGUAUUCCUUUGGAUACAAUCCACCUCAGCUUGAUCACCGCCGAAUCCCGGAGUAUUUGGGCGCCUUUCCAAUGGGCACGUCCAUGAACGUGAUCUUGCACUGGUUCCAAUACAUACGUGUCAACGAGUUUCGUAAUUUCGAUCAUGGCCGGAAAAAGAAUUUACAGCUUUACAAUCAAGCGGAACCACCGGUGUACGACUUGACGAAGAUACAGAUACCCGUUGCCACGUUCACUUCCGAUAACGAUGCAAUCGUCGACAGCAGGGAUGGCAAACAUUUUUACGAGCAGAUUCCCAACAAGCUCGGCAUUUAUGAUCUCAGCGAGUACGGAUUUAAUCACGUUGAUUUUGUAUGGGGCCUCAACGCCACCGAAUUAAUAUAUCAAGAUGUAUUACGAAUCCUCAGUUUAAUAACUUUGAAGGGAGCAAAGACAAGAAGAGUCGAGCAGUCUGAACGAGUCAGUCACGAAUGAAUCACGAUGAGCUUUAACAGUAAUCAUUUUACGGAUUGAAACCGUCUUUAAUGUUUAGUCGUUGUUAAGUAGUAUUCAAUAACUGCUUACAAUCAAUUCGUAAUCACUUGAACUAUUACGAGUAAAAAUUCAUUGCGGUGAGGUAUGAUUUAUGUUUUUGCUACAAACUCUUUAAAUUGUUAUUUUUAGAUUUUUUCGACUGUGGCUACCAAGAGCAUCUCGUGAUCACGAGAUAAAGCUUCCUCCAAACCAGUGGAGAAAAAGUUCCUCUUUCGACCACGAGGUCAAAGAAGUUACUCUAAAAUAAAAUGUGCACAUGAACAUUUCCUUUUCUUAAAUUAAGGAGAUAAAAAUUUUAUUAAAAAAUUGCGAAUAAGCAAUCUGGACAAAUUUUCUUACCCAACACAUUGUUUUUGAAGGAUUUUUUGGUCCGCAUUAUUAGAAGAAAACUUUUUUUAACCGCACCCCGAGUGAUUGUCUUCGCGGAGACAGUCGAUUUGUAUCGUGCUUAAUAUAUUUUAUAUAAUUGUAACGAAAAUAUUUCUAAAAAUAGGCCACUUAAUAGUGAUGUAUUUGCAAAGACAUUUUAUAUUAUUAUUUUUCGAUUGCUAGGAUAUGAUGAAUGUUGUGACUUUUACUAGGAAUGUAAUAUGUAUACAUGUAUUUGGAUGAAUUUAUUUAUAUUUUGGAUACGAGCUGUGCAGGCAUAUAUUUUAAUGUCCAAUAGUUGCUAAAUUGGUUAAAGGUACUACUGUUUUAAAUCUCUUUUAUAAUCUCGGAUCAAUCCUAGGUCAUCACCAAAUUCUUCACAUUUCACAUCAUAAUUUUUUAAGAGGCAAAA